AUGGCAGCGGGAAGGCAGCAGACGGACUGCGACUCCCGUCAGCCCUCGGCGUUGCUGACGCCCCCAAUGUCGUCGAGCAGCCGGGGGCCGGGGGCCGGAGCGCGCCGACGCCGAACCCGCUGCCGCCGCUGCCGGGCCUGUGUGCGAACUGAGUGCGGGGACUGCCACUUCUGCCGAGACAUGAAGAAGUUCGGGGGGCCCGGGCGCAUGAAGCAGUCGUGCCUGCUCCGGCAGUGCACUGCCCCCGUGCUCCCACACACAGCUGUGUGCCUCUUGUGUGGGGAGGCUGGGAAGGAGGACACAGUAGAGGGAGAGGAAGAAAAAUUUGCUUUGAGCCUCAUGGAGUGUACAAUCUGCAACGAGAUCGUCCACCCUGGCUGCCUGAAGAUGGGGAAGGCUGAGGGUGUUAUCAAUGCGGAAAUUCCUAACUGCUGGGAGUGCCCUCGCUGUACCCAGGAAGGCCGGACCAGCAAGGAUUCGGGUGAGGGACCAGGCCGCCGAAGGACUGACAACGGAGAGGAGGGUGCCAGCCUGGGGAGUGGAUGGAAGCUGACGGAGGAGCCGCCACUUCCACCACCCCCACCCAGGCGCAAAGGCCCCCUGCCUGCUGGGCCUCCCCCAGAGGACGUGCCUGGGCCCCCCAAAAGAAAGGAGAGGGAGUCAGGGAAUGAGCCCCCAACCCCAAAGAAAAAGGUGAAAGGAGGCCGUGAGAGGCACCUGAAGAAGGUGGGUGGAGACGCCUGCCUCCUCCGAGGAUCGGACCCAGGCGGCCAAGGCCUUCUGCCCCCCAGGGUUCUGAAUCCAAGCCAAGCUUUCUCGUCCUGCCACCCUGGGCUCCCUCCCGAACACUGGGAGAAACCAAAGCCACCUUUGGCCUCUGCUGAGGGCCCAGCGGUGCCAUCCCCAUCACCACAGAGGGAGAAGUUGGAGCGUUUCAAGCGGAUGUGCCAGCUGCUAGAGCGGGUGCCUGACACCUCCUCGUCCUCCUCGGACUCAGACUCAGACUCCGACUCAUCAGGCACAUCCCUGAGUGAGGAUGAGGCCCCUGGCGAGGCCCGAAAUGGGCGGCGGCCAGCCAGGGGCAGCUCAGGCGAGAAGGAGAACCGCGGGGGGCGACGGGCUGUACGGCCUGGCAGUGGGGGGCCCCUCCUCAGUUGGCCCUUGGGCCCUGCCCCACCACCCCGGCCCCCACAGCUGGAGCGUCAUGUGGUACGGCCCCCACCUCGAAGUCCUGAGCCCGACACACUGCCUUUGGCUGCUGGAUCCGACCACCCCCUGCCCCGUGCUGCCUGGCUUCGUGUCUUCCAGCACCUUGGGCCCCGAGACCUGUGCAUCUGCAUGCGAGUCUGCCGGACUUGGAGCCGCUGGUGCUAUGACAAGCGUCUGUGGCCUCGAAUGGACCUGAGCCGGCGGAAGUCACUCACUCCCCCCAUGCUUAGUGGUGUGGUUCGUCGCCAGCCCCGAGCCCUGGACCUCAGCUGGACAGGUGUCUCCAAGAAGCAACUCAUGUGGCUUCUGAACCGACUGCAAGGCCUGCAGGAACUGGUGCUGUCUGGCUGCUCCUGGCUCUCUGUCUCUGCCCUGGGCUCAGCCCCACUGCCAGCCCUGCGGCUUCUGGACCUGCGCUGGAUUGAGGAUGUUAAAGACUCCCAGCUCCGAGAGCUGCUGCUGCCUCCGCCAGACACCAAGCCAGGGCAAACGGAGAGCCGUGGGCGGCUGCAGGGGGUGGCAGAGCUGCGCUUGGCAGGCCUCGAGCUGACAGACGCCUCCCUGCGACUCCUGCUGCGCCACGCGCCCCAGCUGAGCGCCCUGGACCUCAGCCACUGCGCCCAUGUCGGGGAUCCCAGUGUUCAUCUCCUCACGGCCCCCACCUCCCCACUUCGAGAGACCCUGGUACACCUCAAUCUUGCUGGUUGCCACCGCCUCACUGACCAUUGCCUUCCGCUGUUCCGCCGCUGUCCUCGCCUACGCCGCCUAGACCUGCGUUCCUGCCGCCAGCUCUCACCUGAAGCUUGUGCCCGGCUGGCAGCUGCUGGGCCCCCUGGCCCCUUCCGCUGCCCGGAGGAGAAGUUGCUUCUCAAGGACAGCUAG